AUACCUCUCUGGUUGAGCAUGACCAGACGCAAUGUCUGUUGAACCGGUAUGCUUCCGUCCAAGCCGCAUCACAGUGAGGAGGCUGUAUUGAGACCCUGAUUGAUGCAGUAGGGCUGGCCACGAAACGAUGUCGGGAGAGCGAGCCAAGGCGGGCGUCGGCAUGCCAGAAAAGUUACCAUCUCGCAGUGAGUCUUGGCUCGAUGAAAGGGCUCAUAGCACCUUUGAGUCCUACCAUUGCAUGUUAUGGUCAAUGAAAGGCCACAUUGGCCUUCUACGCUGCAGCUAGCGCUUCGUAAUUCCGGAGAUAAUAUCCGUCGCCCUGCAUGGUGAUCAAUGCGACGAUGAAACCGCCCGCGGCCCCAACAUUCCGCCGUUAGCUCCGUGAUCCAUCGGUCUCUGCAUAUAAGUCACGCGUGGAGGUACUGAUGUGUUGCGGUUGCGUUGUGAUGCGGACUUCG